AUGGUGCACUCAGGAGGCCUCCUCACUCCCCGGGAGAAGUCAGUGCCACUGAAGAGCAUCUCUGUGACCUUGUCCGUCUGUGAGUUUGUGGCUGGUGUGUCUGCAACCUUAAACUACAAGAAUGAGGAGGAAGUUCCUUUGGAGGCUUUCUUUAUAUUCCCCAUGGAUGAAGACUCAGCUGUCUACAGCUUCGAGGCCAUGGUGGAUGGAAAGAAAAUUAAAGCAGAAUUACAGGACAAGAUGACGGCACACACCAGCUAUGAGAAUGCCAUCAUCCGUGGCCACCAGGCCUUUCUGUUGGAGGAGGACAUGUGCUCCCGGGAUGUGUUCUGUUGUAACGUGGGGAACCUCUUGCCCGGGUCGCAGGCGGAGAUCACCCUGAAGUAUGUGCAGGAGCUGCCCCUGGAAGCAGAUGGGGCUCUGCGCUACGUGCUCCCAGCUGUCCUGAAUCCUCGGUACCAACUCUCUGGAUGUUCUGAGGACAGUUGCCUUAAUAUGAAGACUCCUGUAGUCUCGUUGAAGGACCUGCCCUACACAAUCAGCUUGGUGGCCACCGUCAGUUCCCAGCAUGGUAUUGACAGGAUUCAAUCCAACUGCUCCCUGAGUCCUAUUGAAUACCAUGGAGAUAAUAAGACUUCUGCUCAGGUCUCCUUGGCCGAUGGACACAAGUUUGAUCGGGAUGUGGAAUUUCUGAUUUACUACAGUGCAGUGCACACCCCUAGUGUAGUCGUGGAGAUGGGAGAACCUGCAACAAAGCCAGAUGGUGUGUUGGGAGAUCCAGCUGCAAUGGUGACUUUCUACCCGAAUAUCCCAGAAGCUCAGCCAUCAAUUGCCUGUGGAGAAUUUAUCUUCCUCAUGGACUGCUCAGGAAGCAUGCAGAGCCCCAUGAAUAAACAGAGGAAAUCUCCGCUGCGCAUAGAGGUAGCCAAGGAAACACUGAUUUUGCUUCUGAAGAGUUUGCCUUUAGGGUGUUAUUUCAACAUCUAUGAAUUUGGAUCUACUUAUGAGGCAUUCUUUCCGAAUAGUGUGGAGUAUGCUCAGAGUACCAUGGAGGAGGCACUGCGGAGAGUUAAGCUUAUGAGGGCUAACCUAGGGGGUACGGAAAUCUUGAUACCACUCCAACACAUUUACAAGCAGCCUUCUGUCCCAGGCCACCCCCUGCAGGUUUUUGUCUUCACAGACGGAGAAGUUACUGAUACAUUUACUGUCGUUAGAGAAGUUAAGAGCCACUAUCUAAGGCACAGGUGUUUUUCAUUUGGUAUUGGUGAAGGAGUCUCCACCAGCCUAAUAAAAAGCAUUGCCCGGGUGUCACGGGGCACUUCAGAAUUUAUCACAGGCAAGGAGAGAAUGCAGGCCAAGGCACUUAGAGCCCUGAAACGUUCUCUGCAGCCCGUGGUAGACGAUAUUUCUCUGAGAUGGGAUUUGCCUGAUGGUCUGUCUGCUAAAAUGCUUUCCCCAGAACAGACUGUCCUCUUUAGGGGUCAGAGAUUAAUCCUCUAUGCCCAGUUUACUGGGACAAUGCCGCCAGCAGAGGCAACAGGAGAAGUUUGCCUCAAGUACACACUCCAAGGAGAGAGCCUGGAGAAUAAAGUGACAUUUUCCCUACAACCCAAGCUCGAUGCCAACCUCACCAUUCACCGACUUGCAGCCAAGUCCUUUCUCCAGAUCAAGGACAUGGGCCUCAGGGAGACUACAGCAGGUGAUAAAAAAGAUGUGUUGAAAGUCAGCAUGGAGUGUGGAGUCAUAAGCUCCCACACAGCUUUCAUUGCUGUCAACAAAGAUCUCAGCAGGCCAAUUCAGGGGCCACUGUCUCCUCGGGAUGUUCCAAGGCCAAUGAUGCUGCGUGCUGCCCCAGUGGUGCAAUCCUUCCCCCAACAGAAGUAUGGACAAUGGAGACUAAGACGUCACAGACGAGAGAAGAAAUGCACAUCCUUACCAGAGGGCUGCCUUGAGAAGCCAAAGCCUUGUGCUUCUGCCAAAAAGACCAAUGUGGAAACUCAUGGUCCAGUCGUUGAAGAUAAUCAUCUUGUAGAGUUGAUUUCCCUUCAAAAGGCAGAUGGUUCCUGGGAUCUGAAUGAAGGUCUGGCCUUGGUCCUGGGUAUGAAGUUGGAGGACAUACAGGCUGCACUUCCUGACAAGGAUGCGAAUUCUUCAAGCUGGGCCACAGUCCUGGCGGUGCUCUGGCUGCAUGACAACGCUAAGGACAUGGAAUGUGAGUGGGAGCUUCUGGAAAGGAAGGCAGUGACCUGGAUUCACAUCCAUGCAGGGUCCGUCAGGCAUGAGCUUGUGAAAGCUGCAAUUGCUUUCAUGAAAUCGUCUGAGGAUCCUGCCAUCUUUGGCCCCUGA